CCUGAAGGUGGCCCUGGAGGAUUACAUGACGAGAGUACCCAAGGUUCGCAUCCUGAGGACAAAGAAGAGGGAGGGUCUGAUCAGGACUCGGCUGCUGGGAGCCGCCGCUGCUAAAGGGGAGGUCAUCACCUUCCUGGACUCUCACUGCGAGGCCAACGUCAACUGGCUGCCACCUCUUCUGGACCGGAUUGCCCAGAACCGGAAGACCAUUGUGUGUCCCAUGAUAGACGUCAUCGACCACGACCACUUUGGGUACGACACACAGGCGGGGGACGCCAUGCGGGGGGCCUUUGAUUGGGAGAUGUACUACAAACGGAUCCCCAUUCCUCCAGAGAUGAAGAGGGAUGAUCCCACUGAGCCUUUUGAGUCACCAGUGAUGGCGGGUGGACUGUUCGCUGUGGACAGGAAGUGGUUCUGGGAGCUGGGAGGAUACGACACCGGGCUGGAGAUCUGGGGAGGAGAACAGUAUGAGAUCUCCUUCAAGGUGUGGAUGUGUGGUGGCCGGAUGGAGGACAUCCCUUGCUCCAGGGUGGGGCACAUCUACCGGAAAUAUGUUCCCUAUAAGAUUCCCGGCGGAAUCAGCUUGGCAAAGAAUCUCAAACGGGUGGCGGAGGUGUGGAUGGACGAGUACGCCGAGUACGUCUACCAGCAUCGGCCCGAGUACCGCCACCUGUCGGCCGGAGACAUGAUGGCACAGAAGGAGCUGCGGAGCCGACUGGGCUGCAAAAACUUCAGGUGGUUCAUGAGUGAGGUGGCCUGGGAUCUGCCGAGACAUUACCCACCGGUGGAGCCCCCCGCCGCUGCCUGGGGGGAGAUACGAAAUGUGGGAAGUGGGAUGUGUAUGGAGAUCAAACACUUUGUCUCUGGGAGUCCCAUCCGCCUGGAGAACUGUGUGAAAAGUCGAGGGGAAAUCAGCUGGAGCCACGGACAGGUGUUGACGUUUGGUUGGAGGGAAGACAUCCGGGUGGGGGAACCCAAUCACACGAGGAAGGUCUGCUUUGAUGCCGUCUCACACAACAGCCCUGUUACUCUGUACGACUGUCAUGGCAUGAAGGGGAAUCAGCUUUGGCGCUACAGAAAGGAUAAGAGUCUCUACCAUCCCGUCAGUAACAGCUGCAUCGACAGCAGUACCAGCGAGCGCCGAGUGUUCAUGAACAUGUGUGACCCCACCUCUCUGAGCCAGCAGUGGCUGUUUGAGCGAACCAACGCCACCGUGCUGGAGCACUUCAACCGGGGCACCGACUGAGGUCAGGGGGCAGCGAGACGAGGCAUCUUCCAAGGAAAAGAUCAUCAUAUUGUGAUCGCCUUUGUUCAAAUAAGACUGGAAGUUCGGAAGUUCCAAGACAGAAGUUUGCUGCUUCCCGAUCAUUUCCCAUGGUACAGCAGAGAUCCAGCGCCCCGGCUGACAGCUGAAGCGUUGUUCAGACCAAACGCCUCGACACCCAGAAUCCAAUCAUACAGCUCAAGCUUGUGAUGUGGAAGGAGGGUGGGAGGACCGCAGUGAGAUCUGUUUGACCUGCGGGAAACCUGAAAAGCUUUCAGAGACUUUCAAAGACAGCAAAUAUUUGCUGAGAGGCGCGCUCCUUUCAUUGACAGGGUGCAUCUGUCUGCACACACUGGUGGAUUUGUUCUUUUGCAUUCCUUGGUCUUGUAUUUUUCUAUUGCUGGCAUGUUUGUCAUUUAUGGUGCUAAACAGCUUGUGAAAACAGAAACUGGAAAAAUUGAUUCAUUCCUGCCCAGUGAAUCAUACUAUCCUUUUUUUUUUUUGAAAGGAGCAACAUCUUGUUUAUAUUCAUCUUUGCAGUAAAAAUGUUGUUUUUUUCUAAUAUGUAAUAAAGAAACCAAAUCA